UCAGGCAAAAUGCAAGGAGCACUUCAAGCUAUCCGUGCACAAGGAAAUGUUCUCAAGUGUGCUGUUCUGCGGCAUGUGCGUAUCAUGAAUCCAGCCAUGUUACCUACUGCGAUUUCGCGUUUCGAGUCAACUUCUCCUGCUCAAUUGGAAGAGCAUGGAUUUGAAAGCACCACAAUUUCAGAUGUUUUAAAAGCUAAGGGCAAGGGUGCUGAUGGGUCCUGGCUGUGGUGCACUACAGAUGAUACUGUGUAUGACGCUGUGAAAUCGAUGACACAGCACAAUGUUGGAGCUUUGGUGGUGGUAAAACCUGGAGCUGAUAAAGCAAUUGCUGGAAUUAUUACUGAGAGAGAUUAUCUCCGGAAAAUUAUUGUUCAAGGGCGAUCUUCAAAAUCAACUAAAGUCGGUGACAUCAUGACUGAAGAGAACAAGCUGAUCACUGUGACUCCUGACACCAAAGUUCUGCAAGCUAUGCAACUGAUGACAGAUAAUCGUAUCAGACACAUUCCAGUGAUUGAUGCCAAGGGUAUGAUGGGCAUGGUCUCAAUCGGGGAUGUUGUUCGAGCUGUGGUGACUGAGCAUCGUGAGGAGCUGGACCGCCUCAAUGCUUAUAUACAAGGAGGUUACUAGAAUGAGUAACUCUAGACUGUAAUAAAGUUUGAUGAUGAUGGCAAAAGACGGGGUGGGGGGGGCGAGGGAAUUACUACUUUUAGCAAGAGACGGAAUGAGUAUUUCCAGUACUGGUUUUGCGUGUGUACAUAAGUGUUGUUUUCCUGUUUUGUGCGCUGUUCUCCUCUAGCCACGAAAUGUUACGGUUGGUGUAUAAAAUUCGUGGUCGUGACCAAGAAUCCGAUGAAUGGCUCCCUUGUUGUUUGCUGUGGCAUGUUGCUGAUCACAUUUGUGGCAUUUUGCUAUUGAUGCUGGUAGUGCUUUAA